UUGAGGAAUACAGGUCAAAAAAGAUUUUUGAUAUUCCAAAUGAAAAUGAAUUGUCUGAUUUAUCUGAACAACUUAUGGGAUCACAGAUGAUUAAGCCAGAAUUAAAGGUUAACUGCACUUCAGAAGGAAAGAAGCUUUUGUUUUAUCAGUAUUUGCAGCAGGACCAAGACACAUGGCCAACAGAACAAGAAGAAGAAGAAAUGGUUAAACAGUAUAAAAACACAGCACAGAAAUGUAGUGAAAUAAAAGAGAAGAUAAUGGAAGAAAGGUUACAGAUUGAUGAAUUGUUAGAGUUAGCAGAAGGAGGUCACAAUCUUUUACUGAAGAACAUUGAAGAUCUUGAGAAUAAAAUAUCAGAAGAUGGAGAAAAGCUGACACGGGCAGAACAGAUAAAGAAACAAUAUGAAGAAAAAAUGAAAGCUAUCGGUGGGACUUGUUCUCUUGAUGGUACUCUAGAAGAAGUAAAAAUUAAAAAGAGAGAGCAAAUAGACAAAUUAGAUAAGGAAAUUCAAAAUGGAAGAAAAACACAAGAGGCUAUGGUAAAACAAAUACAGAAUUAUAGAGAUUUAGUACAAACAGUUUCAAGGAGAAUGAAGAAUGAAAAAGACGGGAAGCUUAAUAUCCAGAAGGAACAACAAGUCAAGAAUUUCCUUGCAAAAGAGGAUUUAGCUAAUUUAAAAAAACUGCUACAAGAAAUGCAAAGACUUGGUGGAAUUGAAGAGUGUCCAGCAGAUAACAAUCAAAUCAAAAUAAAAUUUGUAAACACUUCCCAGACAGAAGCUACACUAUACCUUACAAUGACGCUGAGACAGGAUGAGUAUGGCCAUGUCAAACUUAGUUAUGCUGAUGUGAAUAUAGAAACAUUACAUUGUACAGACUUGAUAGAGGAAGCAGUGAGGACUAAUGAUGUAAGAUCACUGAUCACACAGCUGAGAGAAAGAUGGAACAUGUAUUAUCCUAUCAUGACAGAAAUUGACAAAGUUUCUGAAAGUCAUGCUGUUGAUUGGAUACAAGAUGAAGGCCUUGUAAGAGUGUUAGUUGGUAAAGGAGGCACCAUAAUGUUUACACUGAAGAUGCCCCCUGGUUACCCAUUUAAAGGGGAGAUAACUGCAACCAAUACCAGUGGACUACCAGCAAAUGUAUACAUAGAGGAUUGUAAGCCACUAUCAGAUAUACAGACAUUACAAGAAUGGGUGGAUUUCUUGGAAGGAAAAUUUGGAAAGCCUUAAAACUUUAGCUUACAGAAUUGUUUUUAGAUUAUUAUCAAUACAUGUUCAAAACAAAA